AUGCCGCAUCACGACCCAAAAUAUGAAGGACUGCGAAAUACCCAAUGGAGUACAAUUGACGAUAUCUUCAAGUCGUGCUGUAAAUUCGAACCAAACAGCAGACCGACAGCCACGCAGAUACUAACUUCACUCAUAAAAAAAGAACCGGACCAGCUAAGGUCUGCCACCAUAACCAAAGAAGGUAUAACACUCGUCUUUUUCUUGACAACAUUCGUAUAGUAACAAACGCGGCAUAAGGGCACAACAAUGGCCCCAGACAUUUAGUUUACCACAUACUUUUCUUCAUUGUAAUACAGUUUACAUCGUUAUUUUUUACAAUAGGAAAUGCCAUCGCCGGGCAAAUGAAGGUCACCGAUAAGCCUUCCGUUGACUUAACAGCAAUGGUAAGUUACCAAAAACCAAUCCACUGAUUAACCGUCAAACGCCUAAUCACAUGGCCGUAUGUAAUCAGGAAAUCAGGCAAAUACAUCAAUAUUUUCCAAUAAAUUAUGGUGAAAAAUUAACGAAAACCAUUAAAUAGUGGCAAAUACUUAUAUACUUCCUACAAUUUAAUAAGAUCCUCACACGAAAUUUCUGACUAGUUUUCACGGAUAGAAUAGUUGGGCGACAAAGCGAAAGCAGAAACAGAAAGUUUAGAACGGUCAGUUCUUAACAAUUAAACAAAACCUUUUUCGAUAUUGUGGGGAUCAUGCAGGCAAAAAUAAAUAUAUCUUAAUAAAAUACAUUUACAGAAUUUAAAUGAAAACGAAGAUGAAAAUAAUCGGUCAUCUGAAAAGCGAAAGGACUCCAGUCAGGGAAUCGUAGAUGCAGGUAUACUAUGGCUGUACAGCUGUACUAAUGCAUAUAGUAAUGGUACGCACCAAAAUUUAUCCUUGAAAUGGCCACAUAUCGAACUAAGUAACGUAAAAAUUAAUAUAAUAUAGUGUAUGAAAUUUUUAUCUUAUUUUACAUCAGGAAUUGUGAAGAGACAAAGGCUGGCGACCAAAGUCAAUGCAAUCGACUUGACUAAACCCAAAACGGUACGCUGUUCCAAAGCAAUCGUAGAGUGAAAAUAAAGUUAAACUCUAAACAAAUCUAUUUUAACAUUUAUAGAACUUAUGUAGAAGCAACGAAAGUGUUCCAUCAUCUGAAAAGCGGGAGAUCUUCAGCGUUGGAAUUGACAAUGAAAGUACAAUAAAUAACAUGUACCAAUUUAACUCGAGUAUGGGUGGGUGUAUAUGAUGGGUGAAUAUGAUGUUGUGAGUUAUGUAGCCAAUGGUUGAAAUCUUACUUUCUUUAUAUAAGAAAUCGCAAAAAGAAAAAGGAUGGCAACCAAAAGCACUUCGAUCGCUCAAACAGAAACGGACCAGCUAAGGUCUUCCACCAUAACCAAAGAAAGUAUAACAGUCGUCUUUUUCUUGACAACAUUCCUAUAGUAACAAACGCAUAUAUUAAGGGCACAACACUGGCCCCAGAAAUCUAUAGUUUUCCACUAACCUUUCUUCAUUGUAAUAUUACAUCGUUAUUUUUACAAUAGGAAAUGCCAUCGGGCAAAUGAAGGUCACCGAUAAGCCUUCUGUUGACUUAACAGAUUUCAGUGACAACGAUUGUACAACCAUCAAACGCCAAAGGGAAAGUAAAAACAACAAUUUUAGAAUGGCAAGUUAAAACUAUUUAUUAGUUGACUACCAAUUUUUUUAAGUAGGCCUGUAAUUUAAAAAAAUAAAUUUUAGUCACCUACUGCAUUUAUAGGAUAUGAAUAGAAGCGAAGAAAGUGAUCAGUCAUUACAAAUACAAGGUGACAGUCUUAGAAACGACAGUGAAGGUAUGCAUAUAACUUCAAUCGUUCAUUCGUUCGGUUUUGUCCCUUACAUACAGCUGUGAUUCGUACAUUCAUUGUAAUAUUACAUCGUUAUUUUUUUACAAUAGGAAAUGCCAUCGGGCAAAUGAAGGUCACCGAUAAGCCUUCUGUUGACAAAACAGAUUUCAAUAACAGCGAUUGUACAACCAUCAAACGCCAAAGGGAAACUAAAAACAACAAUUUUAGAAUGGCAAGUUAAAACUAUUUAUUAGUUGACUACCAAUUUUUGUAAGUAGGCCUGUAAUUUAAAAAAAUAAAUUUUAAUCACCUACUGUAGUUAUAGGAUAUGAGUAGAAGCGAAGAAAGUGUUCAGUCAUUACAAAUACUAGAUGACAGUCUUAGAAACGACAGUAAAGGUAUGCAUAUAUAACUUCAAUCGUUCAUUCGUUCGGUUCCGCUGUCCCAUACAUGCAGCUGUGAUUCGUACAGAAAAAUCAGUGGCGGAUCGAUGUUUGUACUAAUCGAAAAAUCUGUCCAUUAUGUUUCGAAACACACUGACAGGUAUCAAUAAAUUAUUCUAUAGAAAAUGAUCUUGAAAGUAUCGCCGAACUGUACGAUGAAAGCUUAGAGUCCAUACAUAACGAUGAAAUUCGCCUGUAUAAAGGUGACCGAGCUCUGCCAGUAUACCGUUGGGGUCUGACAAAAGGCAUGUGUACAGAUGAUGUUGCUGAACUUUUAGUAAAUCGUUGUAUAGACCGCUCUCGAAUUGCUACGCGCGGUCCAACAAGUGUCGAAAAUAACGCCGUUUUUGUAGUGGACACAUCGAAGAUCCCAGAAAAAGAUGAUCUGAAAUGUGAUGACCUAGGUGCAUGGGAAUGCAAAGGCUCAAAGAAGUUGUUUUACAGUAUGGGCGGGGAUGGAAAACUUGCCAAAUUAGCAAAGGAUAAACUACCGGAUGAACAAGUCCGUGUUUUUGUCAUCCAACGGCAGUGGUACAGAAAUUUAAGCAUGGAUUCGCUUCAAAGAGUAAUAAUUACAGCUCGUGAAUCCGCUUCAACGAUUCCAAAAGAUCUGGUAUUCAUUCAAUACAUAUUCAACAACGGCGAACAACCCGUCAAAGUAAACUUACAUGGAAAUGCUAAAAGUACAAGGUGUCGUGCGUACCAAAGAACGAUGCAGAGCACAAAAAAAAUGAUAAAGGAGAACAUUGGAACAUUGCCAGCUCGUUCAACAGUGCAUAAAGUGAUCAAUGAAAGGGGGGGAAUAAUGAAAAUCGGAUCAUCUGGAGCAUUACCGCGUAAUAGGACACAGGUUUACAACAUCACAAGAGAAGUAAAGAAGCAAAAAGAACCCCUAACGCACAUAUAUAGAAGAUCCAAUGCUGCAAGUUUUAGCAAAAGCCAAAGAGGAACAACAAGGACGUGAUGAAGAUAUUUUUAUUCGUGAAAUACCUCUUUUCCCUGAGCCAAUCGUCUUUACUGCCAACAAGCAGCAGUUGGUUGAUAUUGAACGUUUUUGCACGAAUCCUGAGAAGUUUUGCGUAUUAGGCGUAGAUGCGACAUUCCAAAUUGCCUCCUUUUACUUCACCUUUACGACCUACAGAAAUUUGAUGCUAACUACGAAGAAUGGUAAUCAUCCAGUGUGUAUUGGUCCUGGCAUCCUUCACAAGCAGAAGCUUAAAAUAUCGUAUCAAACGUUGCCUUUACUGAUGACAAAAUACCACCAGAAGGUUGCAGGCGUGCUGGUUUAUGGAACAGAUGGAGAAAAAAAUCUUGCAGACGCCUUUUCAGACGUAUUUCCACAUGCACAACAUCUUUGCUGCGACAUUCAUCUGAAGGACAACAUAAAAAGGAAACUUGUCCAGUGUGGUAUAACAGGUCGCCCAGCGACAGAAAUCAUGAAUGAUAUCUUUGGAAACGAAAUAGGAGAUCAAGUAGAAGGAGGAUUAAUUCAUACCACGUCCGCUGAGGAAUUCGACGCUUGCUUACAAUCUGCUGUGUGCAAGUGGACAACUUUGCACGAAGAUGGUGAAAAGUUCGUGGAUUACUUUCUGAAAUCCAAAGCAAAUAUCAUUCGUGAAUCUGCCAGGUCAGAUAUAAGAUCGAUGUGUGGACUUGGCUACCCACCUACGCUGUACACACAAAACGCAAAUGAGUGCAUGAAUCGGAUCAUAAAGAUAGACCAAGAUCCAAAGUCUUCGAAGCAUCAGACUGCUCUUUUGCCAUACAUCGAAAGAAUUCGGGCAGAAGUGGCACGACAACAUGACGAGCAAUUCUUGGCUGUUCUGGGACUUGGCCAGUAUCGCCUUAGUGACACGUUCUCUUUCCUACGCGUGGAAGAAAAGAAUUUCUUUCGCAUGAACGACUCCCAGAAGAAAGCAUUAAAGAAAAAAUUCUUUACUGCGCCCGUUUCCGAGCCUAGACAACGCGAAGAACAAGCAUUGAAUGGCGAGUUAUCGGUAUUAGCUGAGAGGUCUGGAAUUAUUAGUAUUCCUUUUCCAGCACUUGAUGCCAUGUUGACAAAUGCUGCAGCCUAUGUACGCGAUGGAGAUGAAACUUGGAAAGUUCCAGCUGACGAGGACAACCACGGUUCAUCUGAAACGUACAUGGUUCAUAGCAGACGCAACUCCAAUCCACAUAAAGUUGUUUGGACGAAGAAGACCCAUCGCGUACAAUGCGAUAAAGCUUGUAUCAACUGGUCCACCUACACUCUGUGCUCACACUGCCUAACCGUAGCUGAAAUAAAUGGCAUUCUGAAAGAAUUUCUUCAGUGGUUUAAGAACAGAAAGCGGACCGCCCCAAACCUGACUGCGUUAAUUAAUGUCAACAUGCCCCAAAACGCGGGUGAAAAACCUAUAUCGAAAAAUCGCAAAGGAAGAGCAAACAAAGCACCUUUUGUUGGAAAAAAAGUUGCCUCUCAUAGGAUCACUCCGCAGAAUAUGGUCAAUAUUUCAACUCAUUUCUCCCAUCAGUCAGCCUGCACUCAGCAGUUCCAACCCACACAGUCCACCCAAACUUGUGCUCGACAGCUUCAACAAACUCAAUCCCCUCAGUCCACCCAACUUUGCACUCAACAGUUCCAACCUACCCAGUCUCUUCAGUUCACGGUACAUCCCACUCAGCAGCUACAACCAACUCAAUUCCUUCAGUCUACCCAACCUCGUACUCAACAGCUCCAACCUACCCAAUCCCCCAGGUCCAUUCAACCUCAGAUCCACCAGCUCCAACUUAUUCAGCCAUAUUUUCAGCAAUCCCAACUCCACCAACUUUAUCAGACAGCUCAACCUCCUUCAGACUCGAAUACACCUUCCCGACCCAAACCUCCUCCUGGAGUAUUUGCAUUUGGUCGGUUAUCAUUCCUCGACAAGAAAGUUUCGAUAUGUUAUGGCUGUCAAGAAUCGUUAAAACCAGGAGGUAAUAUACCAUACCCGCCUGAAGACAUCGUGGUUACAACAAGGCUGUGUCGCAGAUACUACGAUAAAGAGGGCCAACCCAAAGUAUCACCCAAAAUUUCAUCCGUAUAUUUCCACCUUAACCCUAAUUGUGUGGGUGCCGCUUGUCCACAAUUUGAGACCAAGUCUUGUAUUGUCCCAACCGACCUAAUUCCAUUCAUGUUCGUGCAGCAUUCCAACGCACUGAGUCAGCGAUUUGGUUUAUCUGCAGGUGCAAGAAUAUUACAAGAUAUUGACUAA